UGUCCUGACCAAAACCUUGGUGUAUUGGGACGAUGCGCUAACCAACUCAGUUACCCAGCGGGCUCCUUUCCUCAUUUCAUCAAAUUUUUCUUGAUUUUAGAGAAGAAGGGAGGGAGAGAGAAAAACAUCGAUGUUAGAAACACUGACCGGUCGUCUCCUGUAUGUGCCUGGCCUGGGUCUGUGCCCUGACUGGGACGAUGCUCCAGCCACCAUAUCCACCCAGCUAGGGCUCCCCUUCCGUUUCUUCACUCCUGUUCACAGCUGUCCAGCCGAGGGUGCUAAUGGCCCAGGCUCCCUGGGGCCACCACCCCACUGUGUGAUGGGGGUGGGGUGGGGGUUUGUGUUCCAUCUAACAGGGAGGGAAAUGCUGAGCUCUGGGCUCUCCUCCCUUUUCCACCCCAGCUGCCUCUGUUUCCUCCCUCAUUCCCCGCCCCCCCUCCCUCAGCUUCCUGCCCGCUCUGGCCUGCCCUUGUCCGGUUGGGACUGAGCCAGACCUCCUCUUCUCCCCUCCUUUCCUUCUCGCCCUUCCCUCCCACCCCCACUUGACUCUUCCCCAGAUACUAGUUGUUUGUCGGGGGGGUGGGGUGGGCGAGGGUAGCUCUGCCCCUGCACGAGUUCUGGAUGGGGGGCCGCGGUGGGGGCCCAGCCCCUCCGAGCCUGUGAGUCAGCACUGUCUUCGGGAUUGGCCUCUCCCCGUAGGCCCCGCCCUUGGGGAGGAGCCUGGCAGCUCUGGGUCCAGCCUGCUGCUCUCUCAGCCAGAGAAGAGGCUCCACGCUGGGCGGGGAUGGGGCUUGAAACUGUUUGUGUCUGAACUGGGGGAGCCAGAGGCAUUGGAGCCACUGUCCCUCUUCCUUCCCAGGACCCGUGAGAUCCCUGGGCCAUAAAGGGCCGCUCAGGCUAAGGGCCUGGGGAUGCCCCCUGCCUGGCCCCCUUGCCCUGACCGGCAGGGGGGCCGGGCUGGGCUGCAGCCUCCCUCUCACUCCAGCCAUGGAUCUCCUGCCCCCCAAGCCCAAGUACAACCCCCUCCGGAAUGAGUCUCUGUCAUCGCUGGAGGAGGGGGCGUCAGGGUCCAGCCCGCCGGAGGAGCUGCCGUCCCCAUCGGCCUCGUCCCUGGGGCCCCUCCUGCCACCCCAGUCCGGGGACGACAGCCCCACCACCCUGUGUUCCUUCUUCCCCCGGAUGAGCAACCUGAAGCUGGCCGGCCCGGCCGGGGCGCGGCCGGGGCCCAGGGGGGAGCCAGGCAGGGUGGCCGAGGACGGGGAGGGCAUCCCCGGGGCAGCCGUGCCAGACUCAGGCCCCCUGACCCCCCUCCAGGACAUGAACAAGCUGAGCGGAGGCGGCGGGCGCAGGACUCGGGUGGAAGGGGGCCAGCUGGGGGGCGAGGAGUGGACCCGCCACGGGAGCUUUGUCAAUAAGCCCACGCGGGGCUGGCUGCAUCCUAACGACAAAGUCAUGGGACCCGGGGUUUCCUACUUGGUUCGGUACAUGGGCUGUGUGGAGGUCCUGCAAUCCAUGCGUGCCCUGGACUUCAACACCCGGACUCAGGUCACCAGGGAGGCCAUCAGCCUGGUGUGUGAGGCUGUGCCAGGUGCUAAGGGGGCUUCGAGAAGGAGAAAGCCCUGUAGCCGCCCACUCAGUUCCAUUCUGGGGAGGAGUAACCUGAAAUUUGCUGGAAUGCCAAUCACUCUCACUGUCUCCACCAGCAGCCUCAACCUCAUGGCCGCAGACUGGCCCAGGAUCAUCGCCAACCAUCACAUGCAAUCUAUCUCAUUUGCGUCCGGCGGGGACCCGGACACAGCUGAGUAUGUCGCCUAUGUUGCCAAAGACCCGGUGAAUCAGAGAGCCUGCCACAUCCUGGAGUGUCCCGAGGGGCUUGCUCAGGACGUCAUCAGCACCAUUGGCCAGGCCUUCGAGUUACGAUUCAAACAAUACCUCAGGAACCCGCCCAAGCUGGUCACUCCCCAUGACAGGAUGGCUGGCUUUGAUGGCUCAGCUUGGGAUGAGGAGGAGGAAGAGCCACCUGAUCAUCAGUACUAUAAUGACUUCCCGGGGAAGGAACCCCCUCUUGGGGGGGUGGUGGACAUGAGGCUUCGGGAAGGAGCCCCCCAGGGGCCUGCUCGACCCACUCUGCCCAGUGCCCAGCACCCCAGCCACCUAGGAGCUACGCUGCCUGUGGGGCAGCCUGCAGGGGGAGACCCAGAAGUCCACAAGCAGAUGCCACCCCUGCCACCCUGCCCAGGCAGAGAGCUCUUUGAUGACCCCUCCUAUGUCAACAUCCAGAACCUGGACAAGGCCCGGCAAGCAGGGGGCGGGCCGGGUCCCCAUCUUGCUGUCAAUGGCAGUGCGCCCCGAGACCUCUUUGACAUGAAGCCUUUUGAAGAUGCCCUUCGGGUGCCUCCACCUCCCCAGUCGGUGGCCAUGGCUGAGCAGCUCCGAGGGGAGCCCUGGUUCCAUGGAAAGCUGAACCGGCGGGAGGCUGAGGCCCUGCUGCAGCUCAACGGGGACUUCCUGGUGCGGGAAAGCACGACCACGCCUGGCCAGUACGUGCUCACUGGCCUGCAGAGCGGGCAGCCCAAGCACCUGCUGCUGGUGGACCCUGAGGGUGUGGUUCGGACAAAGGAUCAUCGCUUCGAGAGCGUCAGUCACCUCAUCAGUUACCACAUGGACAAUCACUUGCCCAUCAUCUCUGCGGGCAGCGAACUGUGUCUACAGCAGCCGGUGGAACGGAAAUUGUGAUCCGUCCCAGGUGCUUGCCGGAAAACUCCCUUCAACCCGCCCACUAUCCCCUGACUUCAGGACCUCACUUUGGAGUGUCCUGUGAGCUUGGCCUUGUGUAGGAGCUGGGGGUAGUGUGGACACUGGGUUUAGCAUCCAGCUCAGGGAGAGGGUUUGAGUCAGGAGCCUGGGGUAGAAUCCUACUUCUCCCCAAACCUCACCAAAGUAUUAACCCAGAGUGGCCCCUUCCCAGGGCCUUUCCUGUGCCAACCUGAUAGCCCCUUCCUCAGGAAGGUGGGUGCUCAAGGCCUGGGCCGUGUGCCUCGUAAUGGAAAACGUCCUGUGAUGACAGGCAGUCACCCUUCCAGGAAACGAGCAACAAAUCACACCUCUGGUCUACCCCUGGGCUCAGGGUACUCCAGCCCCUCUCAACAGCCCUCCUUUCCCAGUGUUUAAACUUUGUGCCUUUGACCAUC